AUGAGCUUUUGGCAGAGGCUGAUGAGGGCUGUUGAGAAACCAUUCCGCACCAAGCAAAGCAUGCCAAUAGCAGAAUCUUCAAAAUAUGCUGAUUGGAGCAAAGAACAACUCGUUGAGAGACUUCUUCAACUGGAAAAUGAGAUUACAUACCAACCUGGAAAACUAAAGCCAUCCUUGGCAUCCAGCGAAACAAAAGCUUCCAAAAACCGUAAACCUUCGAGGGAGUUUGACUUUUCAAAAUACAGCAGAAGGUUCAUUGCAUUGAAAUUCGCUUACUUAGGUUGGAAUUACAAUGGCCUCGCGGUACAGAAAGAACCAACACCUCUGCCGACUGUCGAAGGUGUGAUAAUUGAGGCUUUAAACAAGUGUAAACUCGUUCCUUCAUUGGAUCCCCAUGACUUCCGCUUUAGCAGGUGUGGAAGGACAGACAAAGGAGUAAGCGCCAUGAGCCAAGUUAUCUCAUUAUUUGUGAGGUCCAACCUUAGUGAAGAGGAGCAAUCGGACCCCAAGAACGAUUCGAAAGAAAUUCAGUACGUCAACAUUCUCAAUCAGUUACUCCCAGAGGACAUUCGCGUUUCGGCGGUUUCCUUGAGACCUCCAAAGGGCUUCGAUGCGAGAUUCAGUUGUCAAUACCGUCACUAUAGGUACCUAUUCCAUAAGGAUGGGCUAGACGUGGGAAGAAUGGAUCAAGCUGCUGCUCUUUUCAAGGGUGAGCAUGAUUUCCGCAAUUUCUGUAAACUUGAUGGUUCCAAGCAAAUCACCAACUAUGCAAGAAAUAUAAUAAGUGCUAAGAUUAUCCCACUAUCAGGAGACUUUUACUGUUUUGAUUUGAUUGGCUCAGCAUUCCUGUGGCAUCAGGUUCGAUGCAUGAUGGCAAACCUGUUUCUUGUUGGACAAGGUCUCGAGAAUGUAUCAUUGAUCAGUGACAUGUUAGACGUUGAUAAGACGCCGCGGAAACCGAUCUAUGACAUGGCCAGUGAUAUUCCAUUGAUAUUGUACGAUUGCAAAUUUCCAGAUAUUGAAUGGGUUGAGACUAAUGUGGAUGACUAUAAGGCAAUCAAAUAUGGUAAGGCAGUUAGCGCCUUGACACUGAGCUACCAUCUAAAGGCUACUGUUGCUCAGAUUUUCAAGGAAGUACUGCCUUCUACAGCCACUGAGUUAUCUGGGAAAACUAGAAUCAACCUUGGUGACGGGAAGGGUAAAGUCGUUACCAGCUAUGAAAAGAUGUUGAAAAGAAAUGUCAUGGAGACUGCCGAAGUGGUUAACGAGAAGUUUAGACACCGCAAAAGGACUAAAUUUGAGGCCCAAAACUAA